AUGCUAAUAUUGAUCGGGAAUAAGUUCAAAUCAUUCCGAUCGAUACUGGUUCGACCUUCACUAAUUUCUAACCAGUUGGGCACAUUCAUCAUGAGCCAACUUGACUCGCGAAGACGUUCUGCUUCAAAUUGUCAAAGCGACUUGUCACCGGUGCGAAACAGUGCCAACGCAUCCGGUUCAUGCGAUGAGGAUCAGUUAGAUGUAGGCAAGUGCGGUGACGCGGAUUUACAACAGCCCCGUUGUGAUGGUGAGGGAUAUUUUCUCGAUGAAAAAUCCUGGCUACCGGUGUUAGAUAAUACGGACAAUCCGGUUCCAGUCAAAUGUGAUUCGCGUGUGCGACCUGAUUCACCCCGGGAAAUGACAUCCGAUGUGAACAGACAGUCGACUGUAGGAUUGAAAACACCGGACCCGACACUACUCGUUGAACCGCCCAAACUUCGCCGAGCAUUGGCUUAUAUGGAGUUCGACGAUGGUGAUUGUGAACCGGAUGAGAACACGAAGUUAUUUGCCUGUCAUCUAUAUAAUACUACCAAGAACGGCUUGGGCGAUGACAGUUUACAGUUGUGUCACAAGAAUAAGAUGGCUACUCGAAUCCCAGAUGGGAUAGCUGGUCGAUGGCGUGCACGAAUGUGUCGGGCAUUGAAACAGAACAUCUUCGCCAAACUAACCAAACGAGACGUGCCGGUCCCGGAUACGGAUGAACGGGAUUCUGUCACUCGAUGGAUUAACUCUAGUCCCUCGGAACUGGUCGAAUCGGAUCGUGUCACAACAUGGGAUUUGGAACAAUGCACAAACAAGCACAGACCAUAUCAGGAUCUAUUUCAUCAGUUCGUCGCGAAUGAUAUCGUUACUAAUCCGGUCAGUUCAAGCGAUUCCGUGCAGAAUGAAUCCAAUCAGUACUAA